GGAGCCUUCCCGCGCAGCGUUAGCCCGCCGCUCGGCCUGGACGCGAAUCAAGGCCCCUCCCGAGAAGCCGAGGCCACGGAGGAGUCGUCACGACCUGUAACUUGAGGGCUACGGAACUACUACUCCCGUUUGCCUUUGGCGAUCAUCUUUAACCCCCCCGGAGUACGUCAGCAUCCAGCUACAGCUGCGCUCUCCCGGCAGCGGAGGACUCGGGACUACCCCUUCGGGCGUGACGGAUGGAGACCGAGCCUCUCGGAGGACCUGCCCCUGCAGUUCUGGCCGGCGCGGCUCAAGUCACCACCGUGAACAAGGGACCCUAAAGAAUGGCCGAACCUUGGGGGAACGAGUUGGCGUCCGCAGCUGCCAGGGGGGACCUAGAGCAACUUACUAGUUUGUUGCAAAAUAAUGUAAACGUCAAUGCACAAAAUGGAUUUGGAAGGACUGCGCUGCAGGUUAUGAAGCUUGGAAAUCCCGAGAUUGCCAGGAGACUACUCCUUAGAGGUGCUAAUCCCAAUUUGAAAGACGGAACUGGUUUCGCUGUCAUUCACGAUGCAGCCAGAGCAGGUUUCCUGGACACUUUACAGACUUUGCUGGAGUUUCAAGCUGAUGUUAACAUCGAGGAUAACGAAGGGAAUCUGCCCUUGCACUUGGCUGCCAAAGAAGGCCACUUCCAGGUGGUGGAGUUCCUUGUGAAGCACACCGCCAGCAACGUGGGGCAUCGGAACCACAACGGGGAUACCGCCUGCGACUUGGCGAGGCUCUACCGCAGGAAUGAGGUCGUUAGCCUGAUGGAGGGAAACCGGGCCGAGGGAGCUGAGAAUCUGCAAUGAAUGCGGGGAGGGCUCUCCCACACUGCCUCCUAUUUUGUCAAAUGGUUGGCUGUCCGGUUUUAAUAUCAUUUGUUAAAACUCAGUUUUGUCAUAUUUUAAGCAGCUUGUUAAAUCUUCUAAAAUUGCUAAAUGGAAAUCUUACUGCAAGUUUAUGAACAUAUUUAAUUAAGCAACAUCUUUUUCACCAGCAAAAUCCUGAGUUCUAACAUAUAAUUGCAAAUAGCUUUGGCUUUCUUAUUAUUAUUUUAUCUUUCCUUGACUUUUUCCUGGCUUCUUUCUCCAUUUGCCAAUCUCAAUACCCAACUUGGAGACUUUGUUUUAAAAAUGGUUUGUCUUGAUGCUUCUUUUGCCUAAUUAAAACACUUUUCCAAAACAGGACAA